AUGAUCUCAUUUCUGAAUGUCACGGUAUAAAAUAUCCAUUUAAUUUGUUUCUAAAGAAAAAUAUAUUAGGCAUUUUUUGGUUUAACACGUAGAACUUGAAAGUCGUCGUUAUCAGUUAGAUAAUGUUUUUGACUCAGUAGUUAACCAAACUUUCAUAAUUGAGGUUGGGUUCGUUUUAAUCUGUCAACUGUCAAGUUGACAGUGUUAAGUUUAUUUUUUAGCAUAAAUCAAGGUAUGAAAAACACUGAGAAAAUCGUUUAAGUUCCAGGGAUGAUACCCGUCUAGUCCCAGACCGAGGGGCAACCUUGAUACCUUUGUGUAAAGGGCCUCCACCCCUAGACUCAAGAGAGGAGUUUUUGUAACCCACGGGGCUCACCAGAGACGGGAGGAGUUGUAUAUAGACAUUGUAACUGGGAUAUAACUCUCCAAAUUUCAUAAACAGACUCAUUAUAGAAGAAGAAGGUAUGAAAAGCUAAUAAUUUUUUUAAUUUAAUACAAGAAUUAUUAAGAAAAUAUUAAAUAGAUACUUCCAAAACAAGUAUUUAAAACCUAAACAAGAAAAUUUAGGUUAUCAUCACAUUAAAAAAGAUGGAAGAUUUACGAGUUUAUGCGGUAACUUUUAAUGUUGGUACUUCAAAUCCUGAGCAAGAUCUCCAAGAUUUUUUAUCUCUAACUAAAGAUACGAAACAUGAAAAAUAUUUGCCAGAUUUUUAUGUAAUAAGUUUGCAAGAAGUGAAAGCUCAACCGCAAAAUUUAUUAUUAAACGCUUUCUUCGAUGACCCAUGGACAAAAACUUGCCGUACUUUAUUAGAAACUAGGGAUUAUAUCAAAUUAAAAACGAUUCGUCUACAAGGUUUGGUUAUGAGCGUUUAUAGUUUGAGAAAACAUUUAUUAAAUAUUCGCGAUAUUGAAUCUGAUUAUACUAGAACGGGUUUAUCAGGAAUGUGGGGUAAUAAAGGAGCUGUUAGUAUUCGCUUAAGCAUUUACGGUUGUUCCAUUUGUUUUGUAAAUGCACAUUUAAGCGCUCACGAUCACAUGUUAAAAGCUAGAAUUGACGAUUACGAUUCUAUUUUGAAGGACCAAAAGUUUCAUGUUGAUGCUCACAAUGAAGUCUUUUUCCACGAUUAUGUUUUUUGGAUGGGAGAUUUAAAUUUUCGAUUAAUGGAAGAAUAUGAAAAAACACCCGAGGAACUCUCAGCAAUGAUAAAACGAGGCCAAUUAAAAGAACUCCUAAAUUUCGACCAAUUAAAAUAUGUUAUGAAUCGAGGGGAAGCUUUUAAUGAAUUGGAAGAGGGCGAGAUCGAUUUUCCGCCCACAUUUAAAUUCGAAGAAGACAGUGAAGUUUAUAAUUUCAAGAGACGACCAGCUUGGACUGAUCGCAUCUUGUACAAAGUGAGCCCGAAUAAUUACGAUAACAUCAAAUUGAAAAUAACCCAAUUAAGCUACAAGUCUCAUCCUAAAUAUGUUUUGAGUGAUCAUCGCCCUGUUUCCUCCGAUUUUAUAAUCAAGAUUCCGCGCAGUCAUAAAGUGGAUUCAAUGAGAACCCGAGGUGUUCAGGUCUUUGCAGAUUACGACGAGGAAGUUGUCCAAUUCAAAGAUAUUACUUUCUGGUGGGCUGAUGAUGAUAACAUGGUAACUUAUUACAUUACUAAAGAAAUAUCUGAAACGAAAGAAGAUUGGAUUGGAGUUUUUAAGCACAACUUUAGUAGUUUAGAUGAAUACAUCUCCUACGAAUACGUUUAUAAACAAUCCAGUCCCAUUCCGGAACCGAGAAAUCCGGGGAAUGCCUCUUCAAGAGGUGUUGUAAAACCAAAGGAAUUUUCGAUUCGUUUUAACGGAUUGGGAUCAGCUCCAGUUAGCGGUUCCGGUUUGUUUCAAUUGGUUUAUUUUAGUGAAACUGAAGAUAAAGUUCAAAGCGUUUUGGGUGUGAGCAAACCGUUUCCAUUAAGGCAUAAACAAAAUGAUUGAAAUAGAAAUGGGAUUUAGUUUAAAUUUGAAAAUAAUAUGGUAUUUUAUCACGAAGGUACAAUGACAAAGGGUAGCUUUGAAACAACAAAUUAGUUUUUAUGUCUGUAGGGUAAACACAAAAAGAAAUUAAAAAAAAAACUUUUUUUUAAUUAUUAUUUAGUAUAAUAUGUUGGUUGUUUAUUUAGGCUGUGCAACUAUCUUUUAAAAGAGAUUAUUUUGUAUGCAUUUUUUAUGAGCAUUUUGUUUAACUUGAAA